AAACCGAGUGUUCCCUCCUACGGCCCACCCAAAUACCCGCGUAUUAAAUAAAUAAAUAAAAAUUCUGCAAAAUUAUCAUUUUCCCUCCCAAUUCCAAUUCCAAUUCCAUUUCUAAAGCAAAACCUUCGAAGUUCCGACUCCAUUUCCAUCUACUAUCAAGUACCAGUCUCUACCCAAAUACGCAUCAGCUACCAUGUCCUUCGAAGACGACGACGACGACGAUUUCCAGAUCCCUUUCUCCCAAACAAUAUCUUCUACUCCCAGAGUCGUAUGCAGUAGCUCUCAGAAGAAACCCCUCCAGACCUCCAAUCUUAACCACCGCCUUUCCAAAAAACCAAAGCCCUCUAUCCCCAACUACGUUGGUAAAGAAAAUGCUUUCUCGCUUCCCCUACAGAACAAUUUAUCAAAAAAUCAGGAUUCUAAAUCUAGUUUGGAUGUCAGAGAAUGUUUCAAGUUUUCCGAUGCAGCAGCAGAUUGCAGCUUGGAUUCAUUACAAUCGAGCUUUGAUUGCCCAAGCCUUGCGGUGGCCGACGAGAAUGUGAAUGAAUGUACCGUUAAUUGUUCUGGGUAUGUGGAGAAAAAAGGAUUAUUGAACAAAAAUGGUGGUUAUUACCUCAAUUCAAUUGAGUCUAGGUUAAUGGGGUCGCGAGGAGAUUGCCGUUUCGAUGUCGUUGGUAAGGAUGGUUCCUCGGAUGCAGGUUCUGAGGGGGAGCUCGAUGCGUUGCUCAAUUUGUGUUCGGCACUAGAAGAAGAGAGCGAAGAUUAUUUAAUCGGCGAAAAAAGUGGAGAUUUGGUUCAAUGCCCUCUAUGCGGGGUUGAUAUUUCGGAUUUGAGUGAGGAGCAGAGGCAGCUCCAUACCAAUGAUUGUCUAGACAAAGGGGAAGCUCAAGCUCAAGUUGUUGUUCAACAUGAAGAAGAGGGACCUCAAGUUUCUGGCCAAGUUGUUGAUGUUUCUCCUGUUGUAGAAUGGCUACGUGGUCUGGGUUUAGCGAAGUAUGGAGAUGCAUUUGUUCGAGAAGAGAUUGACUGGGACACCUUGCAAUGGCUGAAGGAAGAGGAUCUUUUUAGCAUAGGCAUCACUGCACUUGGUCCCAGGAAGAAGAUUGUGCAUGCUCUUUCUCAACUUAGAAAUGCAAGUUUCAAAGCAAUUGAAGCACAUACAGAAGCUCAGGUGAGUGAACCUGCAAGGAAUGUUGUUGAGACACCAAGUGAUGUCCUUGAAGGGACAGUUGAUGAUGCCAGUAAAGCAGCACCAAACAAGUUGAUAACAGACUAUUUUCGAGGCUCUGCUAGUGAAAGGAAGAAACCUUGUACCAACUCUAGGGAACCACAUGUGGUAACUAAAAAGUCAUCCGGUUCUGGACGUAAACAAGCUGCGGUGAAAAGCUGUGUGACAAAUGGAAAAUAUAGGAAUCCUCCCUUGUGGUGUUGCAUACCAGGGACACCAUUUCGAGUGGAUGCUUUCCGAUAUCUUAGAGGAGAUUGUUCACAUUGGUUUCUCACUCAUUUUCAUAUGGAUCAUUAUCAAGGUCUGACAAGGUCCUUCUGUCAUGGAAAGAUUUAUUGUUCAUCCAUCACCGCUAAGCUUGUAAAUAUGAAGAUUGGGAUCCCAUGGGACAGAUUGCAAGUUUUACCCCUCAGUGAAAAGAUUAACAUUGCUGGUAUUGGCGUGACCUGCUUGGAUGCAAACCACUGCCCUGGUUCCAUAAUAUUACUUUUUGAACCUCCGAAUGGUAAGGCUGUUCUACAUACAGGAGACUUCCGCUUUAGUGAGGAUGCAGGCUUCAUGUCUGUUUUGCAAUCAUUUGCUGUCCAUACACUCAUCCUUGAUACCACUUAUUGUAACCCCCAGUAUGACUUUCCAAAAAAGGAGGCUGCAAUACAGUUUGUCAUUGAUGCCAUUCAAGCUGAAAGUUUUAACCCUAAAACUCUGUUCUUGAUUGGUAGCUAUACAAUUGGAAAAGAGCAGCUAUUUUUGGAGGUUGCUCGGGUGCUCCGCAAAAAGGUUUAUGUCACUGCAGCAAAGCUGCGCAUCUUAAAAUGUUUGGAGCUUCCUCAGGAGGAUAUGCAGUGGUUAACAUUAAAUGAACAGGAAAGCCACAUUCAUGUUGUUCCUUUGUGGACACUAGCAAGCUUCAAAAGAAUAAAGCAUAUAUCUAAUCAGUAUAUGGGUCGCUUCAGUCUAAUCGUUGCGUUUUCACCUACGGGGUGGUCAUUUGGUAAGGGAAUGAAGAAGUCUCCAGGGAGGAAGUGGCAGCAGGGCACCAUCAUAAGGUAUGAAGUGCCGUACAGUGAGCAUAGCAGCUUUACAGAACUCAAACAGUUUGUGAAGCUUUUGUCUCCCGUUAACAUAAUACCCAGCGUCAAUAAUAAUGGACAAGAUUCUGCCAAAUCCAUGGUUUCCCUAUUGUUGUCUUAAUUUAUUGUACUCCACAGUUUUAGCAAUCCAAACAUAUAGUUACAACCAAAUUUGCUUCCAGAACGUUGCAAGUUGUUUUUGUAAGGAAUUCUAUUUUUGUGUGAGAACUGCUGCUGGCAGUUUUUUUAUUUUCUUAUAA